GGGUUAUCCAGACCAAUUUAGCAAUGUGCUCUCCAUUAAUUGUUCCUGACCUGCCUGUUCAAUCUCUUGUCCAUGGUGCUACUAUCUGUACUCUACUGACUUCACUUCUACAUUUGUAUUUCAUUCUUUAUUUUUGUCUCCCUGAAUUUUGAUUUGGUCUUCAUGGGGCUUGGCUCCAUUUCCAAGCCCUUGCAUUACUUAGGAAAUAAGUAUGAUGACAAUAAUGGAUCAUAACAAUUCUCCAAUUUGUAAGCACUUAGUUUAGAAGUGUUAGGCAAGCUCAUAUUCUCUAUGAUGUCAUAUUUGAGAAAUUCUUUCUAUUUUGGCAUAUCUGGGGCUCUAAUGGCAAAGCCUCAUAACUUACAUUGAUUUUGGACCUGUAGGCCUUUCCUUCCUGCUCUCAGCUGAAUUUUCCAGAUUUUGCAGAUAUCGUUUAGCAUUUAGUUGCACCCUGCUGGUGAGAAUCACCCAAGGCCAUUAUUAUGAACUCCUCUCAGCGAGGAAAGGUCAUUCAGCUGUACAAAAACUUGCUGUUCUUGGGAAGGGAGUAUCCACAAGGAUAUGAGUACUUUCGGGAUCGCCUGAAGAAAGCCUUCCUCAAGAACAAGGGUGUAACUGACCAAAAGGAGAUUCAGAUGCUCCUUGCUAGAGGAGAAUAUGUCAUCAAAGAAAUUGAAGCUCUUUAUAUGCUUAGGAAAUAUCGAACUCUAAAGCAGCGAUACUAUGCAGAAAAGGAUAACCGAUAAUAUUUCAUUGCAAUGUUGGUCACGUUUUUUUUGUUCUCAAAAGAAUCUCAAUUCUUACCAUUACCAUGUGAUGCCUACAUGCUAUAAUGCAAGGGCAUCCUUCACCUGAGAUAUUUUGGAUUCAACUGUUAAGCCUAAGCUGUACUUUG